UGGCACAAGCCGGGAGCAGGAGCAUCUUUCUCCCCAGCAUGCAGACCCCUGGGAGCAAGCGCUCCUCCUGCCCUCGUUUCAGGCUCCGGGAAGUGGCGUCCAUGUACUUCACCAUGCUCGCGCUGUUCCUAGUCAUCCUGGUGGCAGCUCUUCAAGGCACAGCUCCCCAGGAGAACUACUUCCCUUACAAGGUGCCCCUCGACCCCCGGGGGCUCAUGGAGCUGGCAUGGAACGUCAGCUACCCCGAGCAGGUGGUGCAUUUCCAGGUCUUCAUCAAGGAGCUGAAGUUCGGGCUGCUUUUCGGGAUGUCAGACCGGGGCGACUUCGAAAACGCAGACCUGGCUGCGCUCUGGAGCGAUGGGCACAGCUCCUACUUUGGGGAUGCGUGGAGUGAUCAGAAAGGGCACUUACAUAUGGACUCCCAACAGGACUACCAGCUCCUCAGCGUGCGCCGAACCCCAGAGGGCCUCUACCUGGUCUUCAAAAGAGCCUUCAGCACCUGUGAUCCAAAGGACUACCUUAUAGAGGAUGGCACUGUGCACCUUAUCUAUGGGAUCCUUGAGAAACCGGUCCCUUCUCUCCAAGCAAUCAACAUCUCUGCCAUCUACAAGGGGCUGCAGAGGGUACAGCUGUUGAAGCCUAACAUCACUACCCCUGAACUGCCCAGAGACAUGAAGACCAUGGAAAUAAGGGCCCCUGAUGUAGUCAUUCCCAGCCAGGAGACGACAUACUGGUGCUAUAUGGUGGAGCUUCCAGACAACUUCCCAAGACAUCACAUUGUCAUGUACGAGCCAGUGAUCACAGCAGGCAACGAAGCGCUGGUCCAUCACAUGGAAGUCUUCCAGUGUGCGGCUGAGUUUGACAGCUUCCCACACUACAACGGACCCUGCGACUCCAAGAUGAAGCCGGAGCGACUGAACUACUGCCGACACGUGCUGGCAGCGUGGGCCAUGGGAGCUCAGGCCUUCUACUACCCUGAAGAGGCAGGUCUCGCUUUCGGGGGUCCGGGCUCCUCCAAGUAUUUACGCCUUGAGAUCCACUACCACAACCCCCUGGUCUUCCAAGGUCACCACGACUCCUCAGGGAUCCGCCUUUAUUACACAGCCACACUGAGACGCUACGAUGCCGGCAUUAUGGAGCUUGGCUUGGUCUACACGCCGGUGAUGGCUAUACCUCCUGGGGAACCCGAGUUCUUCCUGACAGGCUACUGUACGGAUAAAUGCACCCAAGUGGCUCUGCCUCCCGCUGGGAUCCGCAUCUUCGCCUCCCAGCUUCACACUCACCUGACGGGAAGGAAGGUGGUGACCGUGUUGUCCCGGGAAGGAAGUGAACGGGAGAUAGUGAACGCAGACAAUCACUACAGCCCUCACUUCCAGGAGAUCCGCAUGUUAAAGAAGGUGGUUUCUGUCUUUCCGGGGGAUGUGCUCAUAACAUCCUGCACGUACAACACAGAGGACAGGGACCAAGCCACUGUGGGUGGGUUUGGCAUCAUGGAAGAGAUGUGCGUCAACUAUGUGCACUAUUACCCUCAGACGCAGCUAGAGCUGUGCAAAAGCGCCAUUGAUCCCGGCUACCUGCACAGAUACUUUAAUCUUGUGAACAGGUUCAAUGACGAGGAGAUCUGCAUGUGCCCACAGACCUCGGUCACACAGCAGUUUGCUUCUGUCCCAUGGAACGUGUUCAACAGAGAUGUCCUGAAAUCCCUCUAUGGCUUUGCUCCGAUCUCCAUGCACUGCAAUAAAUCCUCCGCCAUCCGCUUCCCGGGCGAAUGGGAGAAGCAGCCUCUUCCACAGAUCGCCAAGAUGCUGCCAGCACCCACCCCACAUUGCCCCCCUCCACCAGCACCUCCGCCUCCACCCGCCGUGCUUAUCAACCUGGGCAAGACCAAAGCAGACUGAAGGGACAUCUGGCUUCCCCUGCCACGAUGCACGAUGCCACGAGACACUUUUGGACACACUGGGGCGCUUUUGAUUUUGGUUCAAGCUUUUGCAAUGCUGCAAUGGAGAGGGUGGGAGCAGGCUGGAGGGGUUGCCUUAGAGAUUUAUAAGCUUCCUGAAAUGAGGGUCCACCCGAGAGCUGCUUUUAUCCUGCACGGGGUGGGAAGAGGGUAGAGAGAAUAUAAAGGACUCCUCUCUGCACAAACACA